CCCGUGUCAGACAACUCUCUCUCUCUCUCUCUCUCUCACACACACACACACACAGAGAAUGGAUGACGUUGAAGACCAAGAAGGUGUAUUUCAUUCCUACCCUUGUGCAUACUACGUCCAAAGUCCUUCCACAAUCUCCCACGCCAACAGCGCCGAUAUCCGAAACAUUCACAAUAUUGAAUCCACAUACCACUCCCCACUCCGCUCUGAAACGUUCCUCACCAACCCACCAAACCCGAGCCACGUUGAAGCCUCACGCUUCACUCUCUCCCGCUACUCGUCCUCUCGCGGAUCCAACAACUCCUUCUUGCAUGAAAAGAAGGUUGCUUACGACGCUCAGAGCCAUGGAACGGGGACCGAUAAUGGUGAGAACCCUCUCAUCAUUGUCGAUGGCGGAGUGCUUGGUGAUGGUGAUGAUGAGAAUGAGGAUGAGGAUGAUGAGAAGGAAUAUUAUGGAAGAAAAAGAGGGUUUUGGAGAAGGUACUGUACUUAUCGUAACUCUGAUUCAUGUAUGUGGAUUUGCUUGCAAAUAUCCUGGAGGGCAAUGGUGAGCUUGGGAGUUGCACUGAUUGUCUUUUACCUUGCGACAAAGCCCCCACCACCCAAGGUCUCUGUUAAGAUUGCGGGCAUUGGCCAAUUUCUGCUGGCGGAAGGAGUGGAUGCUUCAGGUGUUGCAACAAAGAUACUCACCUGCAAUUGUUCCAUCGAUUUGGUGACAGAGAACGAUUCCAAGCUCUUUGGCCUUCACAUUCACCCCCUAUUAAUCGAAAUGUCAUUUGGUCGCCUCCCUUUUGCACUGUCUUAUAGUCCAAAGCUAUAUGCUGAGAGGGGUCCAACAUUGUACAAACUCUCAGUCGGGACAAGGAAUAAGGCGAUGUAUGGUGCGGGAAGAAGCAUGGAGGACAUGCUAGAGUCUGGAAGGGGAUUGCCGUUGGUGAUUCGCAUGAGCAUGAGCUCAAGUUUCCGAGUUGUUUGGAACCUUGUCAGGCCUAAAUUUCAUCAUCAAGCUGAAUGUCUAUUGGUCCUUAAAAAGGCAUAUGAUAAGAAACAUAGAACCCAGGCAUAUAAUAGCAGCUGCACAAUUGCUUCUUAAUCCAUCCUUAAGUGCAAGCACAGAUAAUUUUCAAGCAUAAGCUAGAAGACAAUGUGAUACUAAUGCUGUUGCAAGAUCUCAAUAGAUAUAUUAAAAUCUCAAUGGACUUUCAA